AUGCACUCCCACAUACGGCCCAAUACGCACGUCGCGUUGCGCCUGCCGUCAGGCAUUUUGAAGGUCGUGGAGCUCAAACCCAACACUAAUAUUUUCCUGGGAAAGUUCGGAACCUUCAAUUCAAACCUCCUACUCGGCCGCCCGUACUACCUCACCUACGAAGUACUCGACAAAGAUGACGGCAAAGCAAAGACCGAAUUGCGCGUUGUGCCAGCUGCCGAGCUUCACGCCGAAGCGGUAGGAGACGGACACGCGCCCCCGCCUGCCGCCGAAGAAGCAGACGAGAGUGCUGAGGGCGGCGCUGGGUUCGACAUUGUAGGCGCCGACGGCGAGGUCAUAAUGCGUAACAAUCGCCUGACCGUGGAUGACGCAACACGACAGACUCUCACUAUGGAGGAGAUUGAGGAGCUGAAGAAGGCCGGCACCGGGUCAGGGAAAGAGAUUAUCGCGAAAAUCAUGGCAUCGCACCAGGCCAUCAGUGAAAAGACAGCCUUUUCGCUGGCCAAGUACACACUGCGAAAAUCGCGAAAAUUCUUAAGGCGAUUCACAGCGCUCCCCGUGGAUGUUAGGAACCUGACCGAGCACAUUUUGGAGAAGGAGGCGUACAGAAUCAUGGAGUUGAGAGAGGAAAUGCUGGGUCUGAUCUGCAGUUGGUCCAACGUCCACUGCGGCGCAACCAGCCGUCUCCUGACCGCCGAAGACGGCAUCAGCCAAAUAGGCGGAGGGCGCUGGCUCGUAGUUGACGACACUGGCGGCCUCGUCACCGCUGCACUCGCCGAAAAGAUGGGCAUUCUCUACCCGACAGAGGAAACAGACGACACCACAUCCGAGGAAGAGGAGACCGCACAAGAACCCCCACAAACUGACGCGCAGCCCGACACCACGAUGCCCGACGCAGACCAAGCCACAGCCGACGCCGCAACUCGUCCCCGCAAAGUCCCUCGACCGCAUAUUCCCCAAAUGUCCGCCUACACAAAUACUCUCACCGUCCUACAUCCAAACAACCAACCCAACCUCGCCUGUCUCAAGUACUUCGGCUACGACGUCGGCCAGCCCUCGCCCUCGCACCCUCUGUACAAGCACCUGAAAUCGCUCUCCUGGCUCUCGCUCCUCGCACCUCAAGACGACCCGUCUUACAUCGAGCCCGAGCUGCUCUCCGCUGCCGAGCUCGAAGCACUGAAGAGCAGCAAGCGUGGCAACUACUACAAGAAGCGACGGCGGUGGGAGCGCACGGCGCGCGUUGUCAACGAGACACAACGCGGCGGCUUCGACGGUGUCGUGGUCGCCACCUCGAUGGACGUCCGGGGCGUCCUGCGCGAGCUGGUGCCGCUGGUGCGCGGCGGCGGCAAGGUCGUCGUGUACCACCAGAACGCCGAGCCGCUUGUGGAGCUCGUGGACUGCUACAGCAAGGACCGACGUGCGGCGUUUAUCGCGCGCGAAUUUGGGACUGGAGCGCAGCAGAACGGGAAAAGGGCGGCGGAGGGUGGAGAUGAUGCUGUCGAGGGGGAGGAUGAGGCGGAUUUCCCUGUAAAUCCGACGUUGCUGCUUGCGCCGAGCCUGCAGACGGCGAGGGCGAGGCAAUGGCAGGUCCUACCUGAGCGGACGCAUCCUAUGAUGACGAGCAAGGGUGGUGCGGAGGGUUAUUUGUUUACGGCCACGAGGGUUAUACCAGUUGAGGGGAGGGUGGAGGCGAGAGGGCAUGGGACGAGGAAGAAGAGGAAGACCGCGGUAGAAACGCCUGCGGAAACCAGCGCCGCAGACACGCCGGUGGAGGUAUGA